AUGUAGUACUACUUUCCAAGGCGGCGCGUUAAUUUCAUGACGUAUUGAUUUAUCGUGUUUUGUUUUUAAUUUUUAAUAGAGUGUAAUGUGAUAGUGUUUGCUGCAGCAAAUUAUCAGUGUAUAUUUGUUAACUUUAUAAUGAAUUUGGCUCCAAAACCACGCAGAAAACCUGAGCAAUAUGGUCGAUUUGUAAUGUAAACAGAUAAUGUUAUUGAAGAUAAUUAUAAGUUCCGAAACUGCUGAUCUCAAGAACUGGAAACAUGGCUCACCACACAUUCUACAGACUUAUGUUAGCUGUCAUUAUGGUCACAGGAGCCUACAGCCACCCAAAAUGUAACGAAAUAGACCGGAAAAAAUGCUGGUGCUUUAAUGCAGAAAGCAUAGACAUUCAGUGUCCAAUAAUGGAACCGCAAAUCAGCCUUACAGUAACAAAAAUAAAUCACAAAAUAUCUUUGCAAUGUUUAGGGAAUUCGAGCCCCUACAUCGAUUUGGAAAUAAUUCCUGAAAUGGAUGUGUCCGAGUCAAAGAUAUUCCAAAUGUCAUAUUGCUAUUUCAAUAACAGUUUCAUGGAUGUUUUGGAUAAAUUUAAUAUCAAAGAAUUGAAGACGUUGGCCUUUGAAAGCAUGGCUUUAAAAGACAAUGACAGCAAUAUAUCAGUAUCUAAGGAAUCUUUCGAAAGGCUUGGCAGCUUAGAAAGCCUUACAAUGACCUACAGCACAUUGAGUUUUGCUGAAGACUUUUUAGCAAAUACUCCCAACUUACUAUCUCUUACCUUAAGCCGAAAUCACAUACUUGAACUUGAUUUCUCCCUCAAAAAUUUAUCAAAAUUAAAACUUCUGGAUUUAUCAGGAAAUCAAAUCAAUAAUUUGCCAGAUGGAAUUUUUGAUGAUCUCUCAAACCUUACAGUUUUGUAUUUUUAUAACAAUAAUUUAACGGAACUGUCUAGAAACUCAUUAAGUGGUCUAAAUAAUCUGAGGCUAUUAGAAGUGAGCCAGAAUAAAUUGAAAGAUAUUGCUGAAGAUACUUUUGCAGACCUUCAUAACCUGGUAAACAUAAGUCUUCGCGACAAUAAUAUAAGAGGGGUGCCUGGUAGCUUAUUUGUCCAAAAUCCUUUAUUGGAGAACAUAAGGAUGGAUUACAAUAAAGACAUGAUUUUGUCAGAUUAUAUUUUUUCAAAUUUGACAAUGCUUCGUAGUGUGGCACUCAAUGUUAAUAAGUUGAAAGAAGUGCCUGAAAAUGCUUUUAAAAGUUGCGUAAGGCUGCAACAAAUAAAUUUGAAAAAUAACGAGUUGGCUACAUUACCAGAAUAUGUAUUUAAAGACCUUAAAAGCCUAAAGAAUCUCGAUUUGUCUUACAAUAAAUUAAAUUCUCUUCCAAAUGGAAUAUUUUCGACGUUACAUAAUUUGGAGGAAAUAAAUCUGGGCAAAAAUCUUUUGAAAGCUGUCAAUGAAAACCUUUUCAAAUACAUGAAUAAUCUAAAAAAGCUUGAUUUAAGCAAAAACAGAAUAUCAUUAAUCGAUCUUAAAGCAUUCUCAAGCCUCCAAAACUCCCUGACUUCUAUAGAUCUCUCUUUCAAUGUGUGGAAUAAUAACUACUCUGUUCCACCAGAAUAUGGUUCACUUUCGGGUACCUUAUCUCCAUUGAACGAUCUUAUUACGCUAAAAGAACUGAAUCUUGGUCACAAUAAUUUAACUGACAUUCCAGAACUUUAUGCCUUGACAAAUUUGAGGAAAAUGGAUCUUAGCUACAAUGAAAUUACAAAUUUGGAAGUCCCACAAUUCGCCCUAGCAAUUAGUUACAAUUACUUUGUAGACUUGAGCCAUAACAAAAUUGAGAAACUUGGCUUCCGCUACGCCGAAGACAUUGCCACAAGUAACAGUGGUGACGCUAUCCACUACAAUGGGGAGCGGAGUACCGUACUAAAAAUUCACAGUAAUCCAAUUGUCUGUGAUUGCUCUAACUAUGAUCUUACAAGGUAUAACGAUAAUCAAAUGAAGAACUUGAAAACCUUAGUUGAAAUCGAUCAAAAUGAAUUAUAUUGUGCCAACGAUAAACAUCGUAAGGUCAUCGAUGUGCAUCCUAACCAUAUUGAUUGCCCAGUACUAAAUGGUUGUCCAGAAGUUUGUAGGUGCUCUUACAAACCCUAUUAUACUGCUAUUAUUGUUGACUGUUCCAAAAGCAAAUUAACUACAUAUCCAAAGUUUAAUUUUACGCUUGAUCAAACAUUUAAUCAAACAUAUUUAUUACUGGGUGAUAAUUUACUCACCAGAGGACCAACAGAAAACGAAACGAAUUAUUCAAAUAUUACGAAUUUGGAUUUAUCUGGAAAUUUGAUUUCCGCAAUGGAUUGGGUUCCUUCUCAAAUCAAGGAACUCAAUUUGAAUAACAACUUAUUGACAAACUUGGAUAGUUCAUUUAUUAGGAAGCUUAAUAGUACGCGUAUUGAAAGGCUCCACCUCCAAGGAAAUCCAUGGAACUGCGACUGUAAAACUUGGGACUUGCAAGUAUACUUGAUGGAUAAUUAUAAAAAGGCAGAUGAUAUCUUCUGUAUGAACAGCAAUACGGAACUUACGAAACUAACUGAACUUUGCAAGGUCUCACCGUAUCUAACGAUUAUGUUGCCUAUCAUCCUUGGCAUCUUUCUUUGUUUUGCCAUUGCUUUUGCCGUUUUCUAUCGGUACCAAACCGAAAUCAAAAUUUACCUUUACGCCAAAAACUUGUGCUUAUGGUUCGUUACUGAAGAAGAGCUGGACAAGGACAAAACUUACGACGUGUUUAUCAGUUAUGCCAACCAGGACGAAGCCUUUAUCGCUGGCCAUUUGUUGCCCGAAUUGGAACAUGGACCUCAUCCCUUCAAAGUGUGUGUACAUACAAGAGAUUUUAUUCCUGGAGAGUUUAUUACAGAGCAAGUUGUUAACUCUGUUAAAGACUCUAAAAGGACACUCGUAGUGCUUUCUAAUCACUAUGUGAAUAGUAAUUGGGGCAAAUUAGAAUUUAGGACCGCCCAUGCUGAAGCCUUGAGCGAAGGCAGGACAAGAGUUAUUGUAGUCAUCUAUGGAGACUUGGAUGAAACUAAAUUGGAUAAUGAAUUUGAGAGCUACAUCAAGACUAAUACCUACGUUAAAUGGGGCGAUAAAUAUUUUUGGAACAAACUCAGAUACGCCCUACCUCAUUCCAAAAAUGGUUUCUACGAAAAGAACAAAAAGCAUGCGAAAAUGAUGCUUAAAAUUGAUGACAAAUUUAAUCUGAUCAAAGAUCCUCCCAGUCCCAGCAACACUAGUACUCCACCGAUUACUUUAGACCCAUCACUUUUGGAAAGUAAACAGAUAAUUAUUGAUGUGCCUGCAAAGAAAAUAGUUGAGGGAGAAUCCCCACUUUUAAUUAAAAAGGUUUACUAAUUUUUGACAAAAAUGUAAAUAAAAUUUAAAUCUGUGAUUUUAAGACAUCCAUUUUUUAUAAUCAACUAUUUGCAAGCGCUCAUAUAGGAGUAUUUAGUUCCGUUUGGUGAAACUAGUGUAUAUUCUAUAAAUUUUCAGAUAUGUAUCCUAUAUCCUCUGCAUAAAAAGAAAUAUACACUUACCUACUAAACAUUAUUUGUAGAUUUAGCAUAUUUUAAUUUUCUUAUCCAUGGCAAUGUUCAAUGUUACCUGUUAUAAGUAAUAAGUACAUAAUAUAAGGUUGCUGUUUGUCGAGUGGAAUUUCAUAUUCAUAGGCGGCGUCGAACUUUAUGUUAAUUUCCUGAUUUAGGGUAGAGUAGUAGUAACUUAAAUAGGAAUUACUAAAAGGUUAGUAGGAAGAGGUACCUGAUGUUUGUUGAGUUUUCGAUUGUUUUAGUUAUGAAACAGACGUGAACUAGGAUAGGGCUGUAGCUCAUGAUCAUCGAAUGAUGUAUGAACAGGAACACAAGAACAAUAUCUAAAAAAAAAACUAAUGUAACUGUUUUGACACUUUUUUUUUUUUUAAUUUCCAAAAAAUGUUAGUACCUAUAUAAAUAAAUAAGCCUUUAUUUCCAACAGGAACAAGUCCCAAUUACAGGAAAUCCUAUCCUAUUCACAAUCUGUAGUACAAAGGUACUUACAGGUAAAUUUAUCACUUUUCCCUAUCAAAUAGCAUUGAAAGGUGAUAAAUUUCACCUGUACAUUUGGACUACAGAUUGUGAAUAGACAAUACAUAUUUAUUUUUGAAUCCUGUUUAAGCUAACUCUUGCAGCUUCUUUACACAUUUUAAUUAUAAUGAUUUUUUUAUGGUUCCUCCUAAAAUGUUCAAUUCUUGUAUUCUACAAAAAAUUAAAAUACUAUAGUGUAUAAUUUGAAUGAUACGUAGCCAGUUUUAAGGUAUGUUUUUAUUUUAAUAUUUGUUUAUUGAAGUAUUUUAAGCAUAGCCGAUUUUAAAUUGUUGGAUUUUUUACUUUUUAUUUAAACUGUACCUAAUAAUUUUUAUUCACUUAGUACAAAACUAUUUUUAUAAAUCUGUGUGUUUUCAAUUUACUGGGUUUUAUUUUGAUUUGCAUCCUGUUAUAGGAUAUUAUUAGUUCAUAAUUUUACCGAGGUGAAAAAUGAUUUUUUCUCCAAACGUCAAAAAAACGUCACUUUGUCAGCACCUGUCAAGAUGUUAGAAAUUUUAUAUCCUACUGACCUAUUAAAACCAUAUAAUACCUUGGUUACGAUAAUCAUAAACAGGGUCUUAACUCCCAAGGGAGUUAAGGAUUUUCAUAACUCCCAAGGGAGUUAAGGAAGGGAGUUAAGGAUAUCAUAACUCCCAAGGGAGUUAAGGAUUUCCAUAACUCCCGCUUUUACCUUGAAUAGGUAACACUUUGACAAAAAAUAGAAAUUUUGAUUUAUGGCUUAUUCCUUUAUAAAAAUAGACAGAAUACAGUAAAUUCAGUGGGAUAUAAAAUUAUCUAUGUACCACGGGAAUUAUCAGGAGUUAAUACCCACGGGCAAUUGGUGUCCCUCGGACCGGAGGCCCUCGGGACACAAACGUUGCCCUGGGGUAUUAACACCUGCAUAAUUCCCUUGAUACAUAAAUAACUAUAAUUUCUAUGCUGGUAGGCAAAUCCAGCGGGUUAACACCUGACGAGGUGGUAGAAUAGUUAUUUGUUUUACUAGGCAGAAAAGUACAAGAUUUAAGGCAUAGCCGAGGCUAGGAAACCAGCCGAGGCAUUAACCUUUAUGUGACUGAAUGGGUACCCUGGUACCCAUUCAGCUUUUAGAUAAGAAUAGUUUUUUUGUUUAAAUCCGUUGAACUUUGUGAUUUCGUGACAUUUCUGAGCUAGGCUAUUCAAGCAAAAUUUUAAAAUGUGAAUUAUAUUUUUACACUAUUUUUGAAAUAAAGGAGGUGCAAAGUUUUUUCACCUACGAAUGACGGUUUGGGUACCCAGGUACCCCUAUCAGUUUUAAUGCAAAUAAAUAUGUUUCAUAGCAAAUAUGGAAAUGCAAUAAAGUUUAUCUUUCAUUUGUUUA